AUAAAACGCCUCUCUUCCUCCUUGUACACUUUUAGAACCACCAGCAACCCCUCAGGACAACCCAAGUCUACCCAGCACCGCAUUUCUAACCAUUUUCCUCACUCAUCAAAUCACACAAUCUUCCAGGUCCUUCUCAAACAUGAAGUUCACUGUCUUCGUCACGGCCUUUGCCAUCAUCAGCGGCGUAGCCGCCAAGGACUGCUGUUGUAGACUCCUCCCGACGAACAGGUGCGACUGCGUAGGGCCAUAUGCCGAGAACAUCGACUGCAACAACAUGUGCACCAUCAGGGGCAGCAGCAGCUGUUGAAAAUUGUCCAGCUUCUGAUUGUCUGUCUUACUUUUGUCUUGGAUUGAUAAGAGCCAUGGGAAAAUAGUACAAAAGCGGAAAGGGAGUGAGCAAGAAGCUCUGUUCGAGAGAGUGUCCGAGUGCUUGUUCUAGGUGCAACUCGCGAGCAUUGACAAUAUGUUGCAACCGCUCUGCACACCGUGAUGGACCGUGAGGGGCCGCAAUCGAAGAAGAAAAACCACAAGUGUUUCGUUUACGCUAUUCACAUAUUGCUG